AUGGCCAGUAACAAAGGGAAGGAGGCCAAGAGAAGUGGCAGACCAGCUUCAGACAAGUCUGGGGAAGGUGUUGAGGACUUGGACUGGCUAAGUCCAGGCCUGGGGGCUGCACCAGAGAUGCACAGAGGUCCAAAGACCAACAUUGGGGAGUCAGGAGGUAAGGACUGUGGUGAAGACCAGGGUGACCAGCCAGGGGUCAGAGGUAGCUCAGGGGAGCUAACAGAAGUGAGUCCAGUUGUUGAGGCCAGCUCAGAGGCAAGUCUGGAGGGUAACUCUGACUUGGAAGUGGGGUCAGGCAUGAAUCCAGGUUGGUGUGCUGGGGGUAAUGUGACCUGGGGGGUGCAGAGUGCUGAGGGUCACCAGUUACCUCUCUGCUUCAGCAGAGAUCUCCAGGUUGGGCUCUGGAGUCAGAUGAGAGGUAGCCCAAUGGGUCCCAAUGGGCAAGGUCAUGGGUAG